AUGAAGAAAAAAACCAAAGCCACAAUUCUUGCCUCAGUUGCAUCUGUCCUCCUUGUGGGGGUUGCAUUGUUAAGGAAAUUGCGACGUAGACGUAGACAAUUGCCCAGGGCGCCUUAUGUUAACCAUGCCGCCGAGAGAGAGGAAUACAUAAAUAGUGUUCUGCAUGGAACUGAGAGACAUUGUGUGAAUCAACUUAGGAUGAAGCCUAUAGCUUUCCACCACUUAUGUCACAUCCUCACUGAGGGGGAGCACGUACGCCCGACUAUUCACAUGUCUGUUACGGAGCAAGUGUUCAUUUUCUUACACAUUAUUGGUCAUAAUGUGAGGUUUCGUGUAAUGAGUAGUCGGAUCUAUAGAUCAACUGAGACUGUUCAUAGAUACUUCAAGGUCAUCCUUAGAGGGGUCCUGAAAUUAUAUAGAGCUCUAAUAAGACUGCGUAGUGAAGAUACACCCCCAAAGAUAAAGAAUAGCAGAAGGUUUUACCCAUAUUUUAAGGAUUGUGUUGGAGCAAUAGAUGGUACACAUGUUCGUGCAUCUGUGCCACCUGAAAUACAAGGAAAAUUUCGUGGUCACAAAGAUGGAACCACGCAAAAUGUGUUAGCUGCCAUUAGUUUUGACUUAAAGUUUACUUAUGUAUUGGCUGGAUGGGAAGGCAGUGCAUAUGAUUCACGUGUGUUAAAUGAUGCAUUUACUAGGCCAAGGGGAUUUUCAAUUCCCAAUGAGUUUAAUGAUCGCCCUCCUGAGAAUGAGCAAGAAUUGUUCAACCUCCGACACUCUUCAUUGAGAACUACCAUUGAGCGAGGGUUUGGAGUGUUGAAGAAAUGUUUUCGAGUGUUGGAUGCAGAACCAUUUUGGUCUUUCCCAACCCAAGUGAAAGUAGUGUUAGCAUGUUGUGUGAUUCAUAAUCACAUCAUGGGGGUUGAACCAAAUGACCAAAUUAUGGAAGAUGCAAUGAACCAAGUAGAGUCUAGUGACCACCAACAAGAAACACAAUCACAUCGGGAGUCCGUUGAAGACAGUAGAUCGUGGAAUGCUAAGAGAGAUGAGAUAUGCCAAGCUAUGUGGUCUAAUUAUACCAGGAGUGGAGAGUAG